AUGAAUCUAAAAUGGGUUCUCACGAAAACAGACAAAUUCACCUUAGCUCCUCCGUUGUCGAAGGGCCUGUCAGGACUCAUCGAUGUUCCACACUAUGAUAUCAUUGGCUCACGGACAGUCAAUCUACAGGUGUAUCCUUUGGGUUAUCAUCUGCAGGAUCCCGGUAAUCGCAACGCACAGAUCGCAAGCCUCGGUCUAGCCCACCGCAACCUCGUGGAACUAUUGCUUUGCUGGCUCUUGGGGCUGUCCCGAGGGAUACCUCCGGGGCGAACCUCGACGCCAGACGGAACUGGACCAAAAUCAUUCGACGUGGAGUCUUCCGAUUUCUCAAGCAUUCAACAUUCCAGACUCGCCAACUGCUCAGAUUUUCUACAGAUUAUACGGGGGCAACAGUUCCCCCUCAAAGUUGUCCGUUCGACCCAACAGCGGGUAUCUCUCAGCCAUGCGUUCCUCGAUACCCAGUUGGGCAUUCUGCCGGGCGCCACUUACACAGUGAACCUUCCCAACUUGCCGAUAGAAAGGUCAUCGACACCAAGCGACGAAGCGAGAUAUAUUUUCAUCGAAGGAGAAUCACCCAAAGACAACUUCAGCCAUUUGCCUGCAAAAGUGACAAGACAAUGUGGAGGACAAGGUGGUUAUGUGAUGGUUCUUCAUGGCGGUGAGAAGCCUCACAACAACAAUAACGACCUGAACGACGGACGUCUUACCGCUCAUUGGACUCCUUAUGUCGAAUCCGACCGAGACAAACGGAGAGCAGAAUCCAUUAUUCUUACAGUUGUCUACUCGCUCAAUUGGAACACAUUAGCAGCGGAAGAGCUCAGCAUUCGAGUUAGAUCAGGAUGCCACCGACUUUUGGAAUCGACCUAUGCAGAACUAGCGAAUUUGAAUAUGUUUGAUUCUUGUGACGAGAAUGACGUCCAACUAGUGUUUCAAGCCCCGCCUGGACAUCGCCCCAUCAUUCAGUUCACCUCCGUCGAGGUUCGCGGCAAUGCGAAGAUUACGACAAAGACCGAUGCCGAAAGCUCCGUUGCUGUGCGGGUCAUCAGUAGCGCGUCCCUCGUUCAACCAUCGAGGAGAUCGCCGGCGAUGGAUAGUUUACGUUGGGUCUCGCUCGAGUUUCAUGUUUGCAGACCUCUAGACGAAGAGGCGAUUGCGGGGUGUGACUUCAACCUGGUAGCCUUCGCUCUCAAACCAGACGGUUGCAACGUCUCUUCCAGGGAGUCUGGGUCGUGGACGACUCCGUUUUUCUCGGAAAGGAGAUAUCCGCCAGGACUCAACUGCCAUCUGACCAUCACGGCGCCGCCGGGUCAACGCGUGGUCCUCACUGUGCACAAGCUAGGAGUCGAUGCAAACUGUAAUGAUAACUUACAAGUGUUCCCUCUCUCCGGAGUCGAGAGAAGUAGAACACUCUGCCGGAUGGACGAGGUCAUGCAUUCCGACGUGAUGGUUUCGCUAGCCGAAGAGCUCAACAUACAUUUUAGAAGCGACCUCGAUCACUUCAGCGGAGGUGAAGGAGUUUCGUUAUCGUGGGAGAUCCUUUCGCUCUGUGCGAACCGGAGCUUUACCGAGUCAUCAGGACAAUUCUGCUUCAACUCCUCUGACCUGCGCGUUCCUGUAGCUCUGGAGGUGGACUGCGUUUUCACCAUUUAUGCGCCGCUCGGCUUCAGGGUGCACCUGAAUUUGACUGAGCUGUUCAUAAUCGAUGCCACUCAAGCGGAGAGACAGAACGCGUCUGAGAAUUGCGGCAGGAAUUUCGUUGAAGUCGACGAUGGUGAUGACGGGCGAACUCGACGAUGUGGAUCCUGGGAUGCGGCCCUGUUGAACUCCCCAGGUCGCGGCUCCUUUGAAUCCGCGGACAACGUUUUGAAGCUGCGAGUGAAAGGCGAAGCGAGCCCACAGAAGAGGGUUUCAUUGUGUGCUAAUUUUGAACGGAGGGUAUCCGACCCCAAGUACCUGCGAUGUGACCCCAGCGAGGGGGACAGUACAAACUCCACCGAGCUUUUUUGGGUUUCCAGGGGAAAUCAGUGUUACAGGGUUUUCGACCGAGCUUUGACGUGGAGGGCUGCUAACGAGCUAUGUCUACGGCAGGGCGGAUCGUUAGCGAUCGUGGAUUCAAAAGAAACUCAAGCCCUGCUGGACAGGCUCCUACACUCGAGUCCACUCUAUCCCGACCAGCGGAGUUUCUGGAUCGGAGCGACAGACAUCCGUUACGAGAGCUGUUUUGAAUGGCCGGACGAGUCUUCUGUACAAUAUACAAAUUGGUUUCCUGGCUGGGCGAAUCACGGCAAUUACAAUAAACAACCGAGCGACGACGCAGACUCGGAUCAGGACUGCGUUCAGGUCCAGGACACGUUCGUGUACCCCUCGAAGGGGAGAGGAGUGACUGCAAGUUUCUAUUGGAAUGAUCGCCAUUGUCAGGCCAAGAAUUCUUUUGUUUGCCAGAGACCUAGAAGUGGAUCGGCCACUGCGUCAGUACAAGACUUGGACGUGAACUGCAAUCGCUCGGUUGUGUUGAGCUCGUCUCAACCAUCGGAGGUUCUCCAUUCUCCGCGGUUCCCCCUCAGUUAUCCCAGCAGCCACAAAUGCCAUUUUUCGAUACAGCUACAAAGACACUCUUCUCAGCACAACCAAUCGAUUGAACUUCGUUUCUUGGAGUUUGACCUCGAAGAUCAUGAGAGCUGUGAUUAUGACUAUGUCGAGGUGACGAAUGCGUCAUCGCCAUCCAUUCUGGAGAAUUCAACGGGGAAGAUCUGUGGAAACUGGAACGACAAAAUCAAGUUACUCCGAUUCAAAUCCUCCGAUAGGAUGCUCGUCACUUUCGUCAGUGAUUUCUCCCACGCGUUCAAAGGCUUCAAGGCCGAGGUUCUGCUCGUCAACAAUGAGGACUCGGACCCGAACGAACACUCGGACCGUCGCUGUGAAUCGGCAGAUUACAGGUUCCAUGAAGGGCAUUGUUAUCUUGUCGGCGGGAUGCCCCAGGUGUCCUGGAACACAGCUAAUGCCAUCUGCCGUGAAGCCAAUUCUACUCUGCUGAAUAUCGAGGUAGACGCCGACGACGCUACGAAUCAGGCUUCCCAAUUGCUAGCGGAGCUCCUACAACAACAGCAGUGGAAAACUUAUUCACAUCGCAGUCCGCUCUGGUUCUGGGCUAAUGCGCGGAAAACACCGUCGGACAGCUCAGCGCAGGAAGACUCCAACUCGGAAAGCUCAUCUGGAAUCCUACCUCCAGCGGACCUCGGAAAGUGCGGCGCCAUCCCCUGGAAGACCCGCUCCGAGGGCGCGUCUUGGACUUGGAGGAAGUGUGUUCUGACGGGAGGCUACGUUUGUCAGAAAGACCCUGUCGUCGUUCCUCCAUCUCUCAAUUCUACGGUCAGCAGUCCUUCCGGCGUUGCCGGAUAUCUGAGGACCCCGACUCCGGACGCGCCUUACCUCGACAACUUGCGUUACACCAAAAAGAUAGUCGCCGGGAAAGGUCAAAAGGUAUUCGUCUUUUUCGAGUCUUUCGACGUCGAAUGGCAGGCCCAGUGUCUUUACGAUCAUGUCGAGCUUGCGUUGGGUGCGCCAUACGAGCCUAUCCGUAUAUGUGGACAGAAAGAAAACGGGCAGACACCCACAAUCGUCACUAACAACACUGCGAGAGUCAUGGACGCGGACGAGACCCUGCAAUUCCUGUCCUCGGGAACGGAGCUACGAGUCACCGUACAGACCGAUCAAUCGACCUUGGGUUCGGGUUUCAGUCUCAGAUGGGAAGUGUUGAACAUACACUCGGAAUGCGGUUCCGCGGAGCUGCCCGUGGUUCUCCUGGUCGACGAGGAUGGCGAGACGAAGAGCUUCAAAUCACUCCGAUAUCCCGACAUGUAUCCGCCGUCGUUGCAGUGUCACUAUCAAAUUCAGCCGGGAGCGGUGUCAAGUCACAGAAGCCGGACGCAAGACAAGGGCCGAACCGUCACGGUGCUGCUGACAUUCGCUUCGUUCCACGUUGGCACGAGGAUCGAGGAGAGCAACACGUGUGUUGACGACUAUGUGGAGUUGAACCUGGGGGACGGGGACCGAACUUUGAAACUCUGUGGACAUCUCCCCGAGGGACACCAGGUGAUGGCCUAUCAAACCUCGGUGAUGAUAAAGUUCGUUUCCACCCGCGGUGGUUACGUGGGAUUCGAAAUCAAAUACCAUUUGUUCUCCGCGCAACAACUCUCCACUGUGCUCUCCAUGGACGAAGGCCGUUCGGUUUUACGUCCUUUGAAUUAUCCUCAGCCGGUUCCAGCACACCUGAAUCAGCUGUCUGUUCAAAUAUUCUCCGGCGCGGGCCAUCGCAUGGAAUUCAUCACCCGGAACUACACGGGUCGGCACAUGGGCAAUCUGAAAAAAAUCAUCUUCCGGGAUCCGUUUGCUCAGUUUUACACGGCUCCUCAAAACACCUCGGCGUCUACGAACGUCGCUAGCAGAUCGAGGUCAGUACCCGACUCGGAUUGGGAUCGCAUCGUUUACAUCCCCUCCGGUGGUAAUCCGUCCGGACAUUGGUCUGACCCGGAGUCCAACCUCGAUUUGACGUCAACGGAGCUGGUCAUGAUCAAAAGUUUACUCAAUGGCAUGGUCAUCAACUACGAGCCUCAAGAUAACCUUAUGAUACGUAUCAAAGUCGAAAAAGAUGAGAAUUUCACUAGCGCAGCGGUGCGAGAGCUCGAUGUCACGGAUUUCGUGCUGCCGACCUGCAGGCCGAACCCCUGUUUCAAUGGAGGUCGGUGUGUGGAGGAAUAUGGGAAGAAUAUUUGCAAGUGUCGCUGGUCAUUCACUGGCGUCUUCUGCCAUCGGAGUCCAUGCGAUAAUGGCUAUUGUAAAAACGGGGAAUGUCGGAUGAAUGAAAAUACCCGGAAACCCGAAUGUACUUGCGAUUCAUUUCAUUUCGGCGAACGGUGUGAAUCAAGACGGUCUCCUUGCGAGCACAACCCGUGCGGGUCUCACGGACGCUGCGCAUCAGUAAGAGGCGAUACGGAUUACGAGUGUUCUUGUCAGUUCCCGUUCGACGGACGUAACUGUGAGCGUCACAACCAUGUAAUUCCGAUACCUCUCUCAACGCGUAUGGUCAAAGAGCCCUUCUGGCUGGGCUUAAUCACCGUUGGAACGGUCCUUUUGAUCAUCCUGAUGGUGUACUGUGUGAAGCGUAAAUUCGCCGACAAAAUUGAAAAGUUCCUCGCUGACGAGAUCGAACGCUCCAAAAACAACCCUCCAUCACCUCAAGCGACUCGCUACAGCGUGGGCUCAGCGAGACCGUCUCUCACUCCAGUUCCCACGUCGAUCGUGCCAGCAAAUUCACAAAGCCUGAGCCCUCAGCCGACGCAGAAGGAACGAAAUUCCGGCUCCUCACUCCUCAAUAGUUCAAAUCCUCUGAGUUUCGAGGACAUCGUUAAAAGAGCCACUAGCUCCGGGUUAGCUUCGAAGAAACAUUCGCUCAAUUCUACGUCGGACAGCGACUGCAAUACGAAUUCCGCGCAACGCAAACCCUCGCUUCUCCAUCAACCUUCGUUCUCGGAGCGACCGAAAGUUGAGAAAAACCCCGAGACUGUGAAAAUCCUAGCGAGCUUAGUUGCCCCGUCACAGGAUACGAAAAGAAGAAUGAGCCUUGACGAGUUCAUCCGUAUGAGCGAAAGAAAACUCCAGCAUGCUCGCCGCUCCACUGAAGACACUACUCCUGGCGACGUCUCCGACGUUUCGAUAGGCUCCGAAGCGUCGUCCAUGGAAACCAGUUUCAUGCAAGGUCAUCAACAGAUGAGACCUCACUCUUCUAUUCGGGAGCAUUCCUUUGAGAGGUCGAAUUCCUCUGUCGAAGAUCCUGAAUGCUCCGGAAGUCUUCUGGCUCGCCAACCGUCCACGACGACCGCCCUGCAUCUCCGAGCGGACAGUUCCCGCGACGGUGAUGGCUUCACUUCCGCCUCUGAGAACGAGCAAGGUCAAAAACGACCGCUAAGGCAAUACAGACUUUACAAUACUCGACAAAGUAGUCAACGUGAAACCCCCACCCUCGUCCUGAGCUCCAGAUGCGGAACCCCUCGGGGGUCUUUUGAUGCUCACUUCUCGCUGUCGACCGAACGAGAUCCCGAGGCCCCGAUGUCCGUCGCUCCCGCUUCAAACUCUUCUCCCUCGAAAAAUCAUUCGGCACCAAAUGACAAUCGUCAGCAGCAACAGCAGCUGGCAGCAGACAAUUUAGAAACUCGGCAGAACGCAUCGAAUCCCGCUAAUGAACAAAUGUCUUACAAGGAAGCGAAGGGAGUCGCAUUCAUGGAGCUUCUCCACAAAACCAUCGCCCAACUCCCCCAAGGUCAAAAUGAAUCGAACCUCGGAACCGGAGGUCCAGCUUCCACGCAUUCGCUUUCCAUCGACCGUCCCUCCUCCCCGAGUUUGAACAAAAUUCACGCCGCGUCUCCGUCUUACGAACAGAAGAUUUUCGAACCGUCCAACACGGAGGUGUCGAUGCUGUGUUUGCCAAGGGUACAGAAUGCUCAACCCAAGCUGAAAACCCUCUCGACGGAUGUGUUGCCUCUGAGGAAGUUCUCUGUCGAGCUACCAAUGCCUAAGAUCCUCAUAACGGCCAACGUUAGCUCAUGCGAAUCAGAAGCUGAAAGUCCCCCCAGAUCGCCGGCUUUGGCUCCGAACGCCACCUCGUGUCCAGAACGCUGCCAAAUGGCCGUCUCGGGAGGAGGCAUAAAAAUGUGCUACCUGUCUCCGUUCAUGGGCGGACCAGGGACAGCAGACUCGCGUACAAUAUCAGAAUCAAACUUGUCCACUUCGGGGUACUCCUCCAUCUCGAGUCCGGGAUUGUCCAGGUGCAACUCGAGUAGCCCUAUGAUUGCGGACGAGAUGAACAUUGGGGCUUUCCAGCGCGCGGGUCAGGGACAUCUUCAGGCGAGUCCAACUCGUGCGCCCCGCAAGGCCUCUCACCACCUCGUGCCACCAUUCAGUAACUACCCAACUCACCAGACAAGUAAUAGCGCCACUAGUGCCACGACAAGCGGUAGACAUCACGAUGCCAGCGGAAUUACAGCACCGUUAAUCCGAUCUGGAUACCUACUAGAACCAGACGAUACCGGUGACUCCUCGAAGCGUCGCAGCUCUUUCGGAGGAUGCUUCGCCUCGCAGGAGAGCCGACAGCACGAACAUUACGCCGCUGGCCUUCCUCCCAGUCAUCCUGGAAGUAGAUGCCCUUCAAGACUGAGUGAACGAGCUCUGUUGUUCCGCUCCAAUCGGAAUAGCCAGCAGACAACAUCGAACGAGGAAUCGUUCGACGAAGAGAUAAAGCGCGAGCUCGAGGGGAGAUACCAAGCCGACUGCAAUUCUGGCGAUGCGCGAGGUACUUCCCGGACUCAUUGGAUUCCAUCCUACUCCCGAACUGCGUCAUCGCUGGACAUUCCUUCGGAAGAGCCCGCUAUGGGACGAUCGCGAGCUCCUUCUUCGUGGUCGGUACCCGACUCAAUGCGACAUGACCAGGAGCACAACGUCAAUAUCUGCAAUCAUGUCCGAACGGCUUUCCAGCUGGAGGAGCCACGAGCAUCGUUUUCACAUCAAUACCCAGAGCAAGACCGAGAGAUCAGAGAAGCUCUCCUCCAAAGAGCUCGCUGUAAAAGCUGGCAGCCUCUAAACCAGAACCUGACCGAUCAGAGCUUCAGCACCGGGUCCGCGAAUAUUCCCCGGUCUCCUUCCCACCUCGAGCCGAAUGCGCAAGAAAUGACGGGAGGUCUGUCAUCGCCGUCUUCAACGGCAUCGAUGGAAUCGGUCGUCCCUUCGAAAAUAUGCAGAAACGCCUCGAAAGCGAGCAUGGGCGCGGCUUCUGGCCAGGGUAACGUCACCACCUCAGAAUCGGACUCAGAACGGAAGCACGCCGCCCAGAUGCAAGCGCAUCGCGUAGCGCGCAGAUUGCAGAAAAAACAGAGGUCCGUAGAUGCAGCCGCCGGGGGCUCGGGAACACUACAGACUGACCGCCAGAAACUCAGUCCGGUUGUUCGCAGUGGUCAGAGGAGGUCCCCGUCGUUAUCCCCGUGGUCUUCCAUUGAUCGAUCUGCUCACUCGCCCAGGGGAUCGAAUCAAGAUCUAGGUGGAAAAAUGUUCAUUUGCUCCUCAUCUAGCUCUGACGACGAACCAACAAUCGACUAUGCAAGUAAUUACACCGAUGCAAACCGUCAACGAGGCACUUCGGCGCGGCUUAUGCGAAGCGCCACAGUUGAAACGUGCGAUUGCUCCCAUAAACACCGACGACAACGAUCUCGUUGCUCGCAAGAAUCCUUAUCGCCGCACAACCAGACACCUUCAGGCUCCAGUAGAAAUUUAUUGGCGCAACCUCCCUCGUUGGCUUACCAGAAGUCACAGAGUUUUGACGGCGGUUACGACUAUCAGCCACCGGGCUCAGAAGGAAGUCCUCAUGGAUCGCCCAGCAGAUCGCCCUCGGGUUUCCGAGCGCUCAGUCGCGAUGCUUCGUCUAACAGCGGCAGUUGGGGCAGCCAUCAUUCCUUGCGGAGACAAUGCGCGUUGCAGGACAACGCCGAGGAAAUGGACAUCUUCGGAAACAUCCCUGACCCCGACUUCUACCCAAGAGUCCAACUGACAGAGGGACGCCCGCCCCCGGAAAUCAGGGCGGAGCACCAAUUCGACAGCCUCGUUUACACUCUGGACAGUGGUGGACCCCGACGAGCGACUUCCGCCAAAGUCGCUACUUUGGGGAAAAUUGUUGCAGGCGGAACGUAUUCCAAUUCCGAAAGUUCUGUAUCCUCCGUGGACAAAACGGACCUGUCCUCCGGCAAGGAAAUUGAUGUACCCAAAAUCGAGAUCCAGAUGCCGACACCGAUCUGUGAGAGCAAGGGUUUCGAGCAGCAACCGGGCCACCAUCUGCUCCGCACAGCGUCACCAGAGGAGCUUCCGACAAUCAUGGUGCAGAGCGCAACCCCAGUGGCCACACCGGUGCUAGAGCAUAAGGCAUUCAAUGUGAAACCAAUGAAGACGGGAGUACACUCAGAUGGUGAGAUGAAGCUCAAGGGGGGCGUAGAUGUCGGUCGAGGGAAACGACGCGAAGAACUCGGCUCCCGUUUGUACCGGUCGGAAUCCCAAGGAACGGAGUCGAGUUACAAUCCUGCGCACGUGCCUAAGCAGAAAAGUUACAGCGCGUCUUUCGACUCGACGAGCGACUCCAUAUUCGAACCGGAGACCGAAGCGGGACUCUAUGACGACGAUCGCAUCCCGGAGGUUUCGGUGGUGCCCCCCGAUCCUCCCGGAGCGCAUCAACGCCUCGCCGAGGAAGGAGUAAGCGUGGACUGUCAACGAGGAGUUAUUUGCAUCGAACUCGAACCCCCGACGCCCACGUCUGAAGAUUCCCCACCGUUCGAUCCACGUGUAGUCGCUUACCAAUCGUGA